UCAGUCAGUUCGAGACGAAACAAUACAUUCUUGCAAAAUAAUAAUUGUUUUCGUUUCGGUAUUAUUGUUUACCUUCGUGUACAGCGAAGUGCACGUAUGAAGAAUUUACGUAACUUUCUGCUAUUGUGGUUUUCAACGUUCAAACAUCGAUUUGAAAUACACUAAUCAAAGAUAUGAUUAAAUUUUGGAAGAGCGCAGCGAAAGGAAAAUCCGGAUGUCCAGUACGACCACCCGAACCAAGUACAAGUUCUAAUAUUGAUAAUAGGACUCUUUUGGACACGGAACUCGAUGAUGUCGAAGAUGAGUUGCAAUUUGAAAAAAAAAGUAAAUUAUAUUUAAGCCUGCAUGACAUACUCAUUGAAAAAAAAGCUCUCAAAUAUUUUGUAAAGUUUAUGGACACUGUAGAGAAACCAAUGCUCAUAAAAUGUUGGUUAGAAAUAGAAAGUUUUCAAAGAAUACUUUCAACUAGUAAUAGUAAUGAUAAAGUUGAAAGUCAUUCAAAAAUAAGUCGAGCUAAAAGUUUUGACUUCAAUUGUAAAUGUCAUGCACAUAAUGAAAAAUCUGAUUAUUUGUCAUCUCAGAAGAAUUUAUGGAGGGAGAAAAUAAAUGAAAAGUUUCAUAGCACAAGUGAAUCCAGAAAAUAUGGAAAUUCCAGUUCAUGUUUGAAUUUGUCAGAUUAUGCAGACUCGACAAAUGCUUGUAGAGAGUGUUGCAUGCAAGACGGUGCCAAUGUGACAGAGUUGGCCAUAAACUUGUUCAAAAACUACAUUGCAUUGGAAGCACCAUAUCAGCUGGACCUGCCUGAUAGUUUGAGAAAGAUGGUGAUUUCUAAUAUAUGCCAACCUGAAGGUCUCAUAAAACCAGAUUGUUUCAAGCCAGUUCAAGAUGUAUUAUUCAACCAAAUUGAAAACUAUUUUAAGGAAUUCCAAAAUAGUCCAUUCAACACAAAAGCCCAAAUAGAUAUUCUGACAAGUGGUUCUAUUAGUCUCAAAGAUAUUUUAUACCAUGACACAUUGCUAUUCUAUUUUACUGAAUACUUGGAACAAGAGACUUGUAGGCACCUAUUGGAGUUUUUAAUGGCUGUCAUGCACUUCCGAGAUAACUUAAGGAAUGGAAACACUCCAGAUGCUGAUCAAGCUCAAGCAGAUGCAAUUGUUCUCUAUGAUAAAUAUUUUUCUUUGCAAGCAACUAAUCCCAUCGGCUUUCCCACAUAUAUUAGGUUGAAAAUAGAAAAUGACAUAUGCAUAGAAGGAGGACCUCAGUAUACGUGUUUUGAUUUGCCAUAUAAAAUUGUAUUCAAGACUCUUUCACGCUAUGUCACUACUUUUCUGGAGUCUGAACUGUACUAUAAACUUUUGUCAGAAAUGAUACACUCUGUUGAUCAAUCAUGGUCUCAUAAUAGAUCCCAAUCAGAUUGUAGCAGUGAAUUUAGUAUAAGUACUCAAAACACUCUUCUUGCUAUGGGAGAUCCUGUCUUCCGGAAAAAGAAACGCAAUCACUCUGUACCUGAUAUGACAAUUGAUUCAAAUCAGCUUUAUAAUGCUGAUUCCUUAUGGCAAAGAAAGAGACAAGAUGGUUUAAGUCUGGGAAGAGUGAAUAGCUUGGGCAGAUUUGAAUCUAAAUUUGAACCUGAUCCAGAUAAAAAAGAUAGGUCAGUUUUGAAGAAAAUGGUAAGCCGUUUUGUGCCAACCACCACAUCCAAAGUCGAAGAAGAAAUGGCCUGGCAAAUAGCCCAUAUGAUUGUUAAGGAUGUCACUGAUUUAACCUUGGCCCCACCGGAGAAUGAUCAAGAUGAAGUGUGAGCAUGUGAUAGUUAGUUGAUAUGUAUAUUUUAAGUUGUAAAGAUCUGAAAUUUAUAUAAAAUGUUACUAAUGACU